AACUCACUCGAUCGAAAUGAUAAGAAAUUCUUCCUGCAACAGAAUGGUCAUUGGUUCGAAUUUGUAUAUACCCCUACUCGAAAAAAAAUUCUCCAAACCGAGGGGGGUGCAAAGCACCCCCUCCUCUCCAAGUGGCUCCGCCACUGGCAGAGCCGCCGUCGGUGCCACGAUCAUCCUCCUCCUCCUUUCCAUGGGGCGAUCCGUCGUCUCCUUACCCGGUGAUUGGAGUCAAUCCUGCAUGCAGACAUUAUGAGAAGAUGCUCAAGUACCGGGGUGCUGAAUUAGAUUCGCCGCCGGACAAUGAAGAAAUAAUGAAAAAGGACAGCGCCUACGUAGCAAAAGCAGCUUUGGAACUUUACAACGGGAAGGAGGGGACGAAAUAUGUGUUUGAUGAACCCUUCCUCUGCUGUUGCAAUCUCCUUCACCCUUUAGUGAUACUCCAUGCCAACUUCACUGCUAGAGAAGAGGAAAACAGCGAUUCCAGUGACAUGUUUUUUGGUGAGGCAGUACAAUACCUUGGGGGAGGUUCCCAGGUUCUCAACUGUGUCAAGGUAGAUCCUUUGGCAAAGGGUGGUUACCGCAAUGGUUGCGUCUAUUGUCGGAAAGACAUCAUCCACCCUCCUGUUGAACACUGCGAGUACGGAUCGAGUGCGUUCGAUGAUCAGAAAAAGCUCCAACACAAGACAGUGAAACCCAAACCAUCCAACCAGGAGGAUUGAAAUUUCUUGACUGCCCAUUACCCUCUCUCCUUCCCAUUCUAUAUGCAUGUUUGUGUCAUGAGCUUAAAACUUCCUUUGUUGAUAGAAAGAAGUAUGUGUUGUUAACUAUGUGUUGAUGUUAGAAGAAGUCGUAGCAGUUUGGUUUGAGUGAGUGUGUUGUUUGAUGUUUGAUGAUCUGCAAGCAAUGGUGUUUCCAAGUAUGCCUAUCUGUGAUUCAUGGUGCAAGUAUUUCGAGUUUAUAUCAAAUGAUCGUUGUUCGUCGAACUUGCACCAGAACCAUAUAUAUCUGAUAACUGAAUGAACAUGAUGAUCACAAAUAAACAUGAAUAUAGACU